AUGCCUGCCCAAUUACCGCAAGUUGCGUACAAGCGCAUAUCCCAACCCGAAGUCGGUGUCAACAACUACCAAGGUUUCACCCCUGGCAAGGUUGAAAUCAUCAAGAAGGGAACACGGCCUUACGAGGGUCGAGCCUUGGAGAGCGACAUUCGAAUAGACCAUGAUGUCGAGAUCAAGGUCCGCGACGGUGUGCGACUGUAUGCGGACAUCUAUCGACCCGCAGACGCGAAAGACAACGAAAAGCUACCAGCCGUCGUUAGUUGGUCGUGUUACGGAAAAAAGUAUUCCGCGCUUCACAUGCUUCCCAUGUGUGUAUGGCAAUGCUGCGUGCCCAAAGAGGCUUUGAGCGGCUUGGAGAAGUUCGAAGGCCUGGAUCCAGUUACAUGGUGUCCCCGUGGCUAUGCCAUCGUCUCCGUCGACUCCCGCGGUACCGGCGAUUCUGAUGGGUCCAUCCCACUCAUGGGCUCUCAGGACGCCGAAGACUGCUACGAUGUCAUUGAAGCGCUUGCAGCAAUGCCGUGGAGUAAUGGCAAGGUUGGUAUGGCCGGCAACUCGGCAUUGGCCAUCAUCCAGUGGCAUGUUGCUUCACUUCGGCCUCCCCAUCUCGCUGCGAUUGCGCCCUGGGAAGGAUCUGGAGAUAUCUACCGCGAGCAGUUCUGCCGUGGUGGUAUCUUUUCAAUGUCCAACUUCGAUCUUAUUACGAAAUUCAUCAUCAAGACCAACAAUCCGAACGGCGGCAUCGAGGAUAUGGCCGAGAUGUACCGAAGAUCGCCGGUUUCGAAUGCCUACUGGGAGGAUAAGCGACCUGACAUGACCAAAAUCGAAUGUCCAGUCUACAUCAGUGGAAGUGACUUCAGCAGUAUCCACACCAUGGGUUCCAUACGAGCGUGGCUCGAACUUCCUCAUAACAAGAAAUGGAUCCGAUGGAGUUCAUACCAAGAGUGGUAUGAGCUGUAUUGCGUCAAACAUUCUCACGAUGAACUGCAAAAGUACUUUGACUACUAUUUGAAGGGCAUUGCGAACGACUGGGAAUCAACCCCCAAAGUGCGAUGGUCAGCAUUACAAUUUGGAGACCAAGACGCAAUUGACAACAUCGAAUACGGCGAUUUUCCCGUACCAGACACACAGUAUCGCCAUUUCCACUUUUCCAAAUCAGGCCUCAGCGAGAAACCAUCUUCCACAGCAGAAGUGCUAUCUUACAACUCCGAGGACUCGAAGUCAAUUGCAGAAUUUACGCAUACUUUCACUGAAAAGUCUCGCCUCAUUGGACUACCCAAAGCCGUUCUGUACAUGUCCUGCCCUUCACACGACGAUCUCAAUGUCUUCGUCAUCUUGCGCAAGCGUGAAAAGAACGGCGAGUUGAUGAUGCAUCUCUGCUUCCCCUUCUCCGCCAUUCCAGAAGAAAUCAAGAGCAUUGCAGACAUCCCAGCAAAAGAUCGCCAAAGCACUAACCUACAUAUGGGGAGUGUGGGUACUCUACGUGCAAGUCACCGACGAUUCAUUCCAGAAAAGUCUAUUCACGAACAGUUUCCUUUCCACCCUCACGAUAUCGAGGAAAAAAUCACGCCUGGUGACAUUGUCAAGCUUGAGAUCGGAAUUUGGUCUAUGGGUGUAGACUUUGAGGAGGGCCAAUCUAUCAGUGUUCAGGUCUCGGGAACAUUCCCAUCGAUUGCAGAGUACACUGCAUUUUCAACUGAGCGGCCAGAGCAUGAGAGAAACAAGGGAGAGCACCGGAUUCACAUUGGCCCAGAUACCCCCAGUCGUGUUAUCCUGCCAUUUGUCUCGAUAUAG